AUGGAUAUCUAUCUAUCUAUCUAUCUCAGUCUGUUCAUAUCUAUCUAUCUAUCUAUCUAUCUAUCUAUCUAUCUAUCUAUCUAUCUAUCUAUCUAUCUAUCCGAUUCUAUUUCUUUCUUUAUCUAUCUAUCCAUCUAUCUAAUUCAUUUCUAUUCUAUUCUUUCUUUCUUUCUCAUGAUCUAUCUAUCUAUCUAUCUAUCUAUCUAUCUAUCUAUCUAUCUAUCUAUCUAUCUAUCUAUCCAAUUCUAUUUCUUUUUUCUUUAUCUAUCUAGCCAUCUAUCUAAUUCAUUUCUAUUCUAUUCUUUCUUUCUUUCUUUCUUUCUUUCUCAUGAUCUAUCUAUCUAUCACUAUCUAUCUAUCUAUCUAUCUAUCUAUCUCAUUUUGUUACUAUCUCAUUAUAUUUUUUCUUUCUUUCAUGCUAUCUAUCUAUCUAUCUAUCUAUCUAUCUAUCUAUCUAUCUAUCUAUCUAUCCAAUUCUAUUUCUUUUUUCUUUAUCUAUCUAUCCAUCUAUCUAAUUCAUUUCUAUUCUAUUCUAUUCUUUCUUUCUAUCUUUCUUUCUAUCUAAUUCUCUCUUUCUUUCUUUCUUUCUUUCUUUCUUUCUUUCUAUCCGAUUCUAUUUUCUAUCUCUAUCCCAUUUUGUCAAUAUCUAUCUACCUCAUUGUAUUUCUUUCUAUCUUUCUUUCUUUCUAUCUUUCUUUCUUUCUUUCUUUCUUUUCUGAUGAUGAUGAUGAUCUAUCUAUCUAUCUAUCUAUCUAUCUAUCUAUCUAUCUAUCUAUCUAUCUAUCUUCCUUGUCAAUAUUUUUUAUCUCUGUUUAUUUCUCUACAUGGCUGAUAUUCUUUCUUUUCUCCUUUAUCUUCUCUUUUGAAGACGUGUCAUCACGUCUCUCUACCUGGGGAUGGUAG